AUGUUUGUUCUUUCAUCACAGAAAAACGACACAACACUACGUCUACCCCGGAUGCUCUGUCUACAUGGUGGUGGUACCAACUCACGCAUCUUCCGCAUGCAAUGUCGUGUUCUGGAAAGAGCACUCAAACAAUGGUUCCGGCUUGUUUACGCAGAAGCGCCUUUUCCAGCACAGCCGGGCUCGGACGUGACGUCCGUCUACAAAGAUCACGGUCCGUUCAAAGCGUGGUUACAGACAUCCGCCCAUGCUACAACUCGCGACAAUCGCCAAGUGAUUGAGGACAUAGACACCGCAAUCACUACAGCUAUGUGUGUUGACGACUUGAAGGGUGCCACUGGCGAGUGGGUAGCACUUCUAGGCUUCAGUCAAGGUGCAAAGAUCGCAGCCAGUAUGCUCUAUGCCCAACAGGAUCUGCAGAGGAAGAUGGGUCUGCAGGCAGAGGUGUGGCCAAACUUCCGCUUUGCGAUCCUACUUGCCGGUAGAGGUCCGCUAGUAUGGUUGGAGCCUGAUACUCUGCCACCGGAGGGCUUGGUCGACGCAGCCGAGUUGUCCACUUCGAGCCAUCGGCCACUGAUACCACUUGGGUCAACCAAACAUGUUCUACACAUCCCCACGAUUCAUGUGCAUGGAGUUCAAGAUCCUGGCCUUGAGCUCCACCGAGAAUUGUAUGAAAAGUAUUGCGAUCCAGGCUCCACUAUUCUGCUCGAGUGGCAGGGCAAUCAUCGAGUGCCCAUCAGAACUUUGGACGUGAAAGCUGUGCUAGACGCAGUGUAUUUCAUGGCCGUCAAGACCGGUGUUCUAGAUCUUUUCCAGGAGUAG